AUGAUCCUACAGCAAAUUACACCAGAAAAAAAAAAUGCUGCCUUGUGCUGGCUCUUCCAAGAUUUCUGUGUUUUCUUUCAGAUCAUGAGACCCUUGCAUAAGGAAUUUAAAGCCAGGAGUGGCUUCAGAUCCCCAAGCGGGGGUUCUUUGGUGAAGGUAAUGCCAGGAGGCAUGGCAAAAAGCUCAACAUGUGCCAUCUGCUUGGAAGGAAUCCAGGACAAGACAUAUUUGAACCCAUGCAAUCACAAAUUCUGCUUCGAUUGUAUACAGAAAUGGUCCAGAAAGAAAGUACUAUGCCCACUCUGUAAGCAGCGUUUCCACUCAUUCUUCCACAUGGUUGGCUCCAAAGGUGCCCUUUGUGAGUACAUCCUACCCCUGAACGAUGGCACCCUGUCUCGUUCUGAGAGCAGGGAAGGUCACACAUCCGCUUCCUCUCAGAGACUCACAUCGCCCCCUGACAACGGCAUAGUGCAUGAUGAAAUUAAGGGAAUGAUAACGCAAAGGGAAAAGGGUGUCUAUCAGCUCAUGAGAGAAUUUGGAGUAACAAAGGGACCUGCUAACAGAGCAGUAAUAAGCCUUGGGAAGUUUAAAGCCCAAGCAGUAAUUCACUUUAGGAGAGCUUUAUACCAUGCGGGGAUCCUAGUUCAAAAUGCUCCAAAUCCGGAUUUCAACCAAACUGCCUCGGCAGAAUUUCUCAGAAGAAAUCCGGGUUACUCUGAUAGAUUAAUCCCGUGGCUGAAGAGAGAAUUAAAAGUCCUGUGUGGCAAUCAGAGGCCGAAGAUUCAAAGCUUGCAGAGUUUCAUCCUAAACAACAUGACACAGCACGAUCUAUGGAGCAAGGAAUUCGAAGCUCUGUUACAGCCCCAUUUGCAUCGUUUCACGAAUCAGUUCUUGCAUGAGUUCAUCAGUUUUGUGCUGUCGCCAUUGAGUUUGAAGAAAUAUGACUGGAAUGCCUUAUAUGAAUGUCCCAGUCUAAUGGGAGAAGAUUCAGACUCAUUGAUCUCUUCGGCAUCUUCUGAUGAGGACUGUUCCUUGCUUCCUCCUGACGAUCAGGUGUCCAAAGCUGACAAUAAUGUAGAAGAUGGAAACCCAGGAUGCUUUCACUCCAGUUCGGGGAAGGAGACCAUGGCCGUGUCUACCACAGCAGAUGACCACAUCCAUUUGAACGAGGAAGGGAAUCAUCUGGAGGACUUGUCCAACAGUGAGUCUGAAAAAGGAAAGCAAACAGGGGAUGACCUCGGAAAAAACAGGCGUUCUCAGCUACUUCAAUACAUAAAGAAAAAUGAGACUAUAGAUGCUGGUGCCUCUAAGAGUUCCCUAAAUAUAUUGGGAUCUGAAGACUAUGAAGCAUUUAGUUUUACUCACAGCUAUGCUGACAAAAUCACUAAUAUGCCACAUGGAACAAAGGGGGAAACAACCAUGUGGCAACAAGUAGAUUCUCCCAUAAGGCACUUGAAAGACUCCUCUUCGGAAAGGCAUCUGGUAUUAUGUCCCAGGAGGAAGCGUGUCCUGAAGAGCAAUGGAUCAAGGGUCAUGAAAUGCAAUUUGGAAGAAGGAUAUCCUGCCCCGAAGGCAAGACGGGGAGGCAGAAGUAGAAGAAGGCAUCCCCGUGAAGAGAAGCAGUAUAUAAAAUGUUCUAGAGACAGAAGAUGCAGGAGAGAGCACAGGCGAUCAAGGUCUAGGGAUGUGAGCUUAUUUCGCAGGAGCCCUGGCCCAUUAAGAAGUGAGAACAUCGUGGCUAAAGAUAUAAGCAAGUCAAAGUCUCACAACACUCACCAGUUCAGAAAAAUAAGGAGUAAAGAUUAUGAUGGUUUAAGAAACAGAUCUUCCAGUGAACCCAACUGGAGAUAUCUUUACUAUCAACAAGACUAUGAGAGGUACAGGUUAGAAGACCCAUUGUACAUUAAGGGUGAGCCAACCAGGGCUUAUGGUCCAAAACCGCUGGCUGGCUCCAGGGAGACCUUCUGUUUUCUCCCAGAAAACAAAAGCUGGAUCAAUCAAGAGAAUCUCGUUAAAGGCUGGUACCACUGUGCAGAAAGGUGUAGAACCACAGGGAGACCCAGAGGCAGGUUUGCUGCCACGGGGCAAGAGAUGGGACCUUAUGAUAAGCUAGGUGGGAAAAGGAGACACCACAUGGAGCCUGGCUAUUCAAGUGGGGAACUGAGAUCUUUCCAGGACAAUAUGCACAGUUAA